GAAAGCCCGGCCGCAUGCUUCUGGGCGGCGGUGGCAAAGAGGACCAAAAAGCCGGCCAACUUGGUUCGCCGACGCGAACACGCGGUGCGAUUCUGGGUCGAUCCCAACGCCGCUGCCGCAGCGGGUGGGGCAGCGGCAGUGCGCGACCUCCGAGGAACGCACGGGUUCACGCAGACAUUUUGGUCGAACCACGAGGGGGACACAUACCCCCUCAUCACGGUGGGGAUGACUGUGUUCGAUCACUCUGGGGUCGGCACUGGCGCGGGCGCAGUGGGGGUGGACGCCACGACAAACAUGAUCCGCAGUGAGGAAGCGGACUUCAACGGCCAACG